GGCCUUCGCGACGAGAGGAAGAAGGGCCGCGUCGAGGGCGGCACGAAAGAGGAGUCCAAGCAGAUCGCCGAGCAGAUACCCGACGAGCAGAAGAAGCUCUUCGCGCUCAUGCUGAAGCAGAUCCUCAGGCUCAGCCAGCAGCGCCGCGACAUGUCAGGGGGCAAAGAGCACACCCUCGGACCUCCGCACAUAUACGCGAUGGGCGGGCUCAUCAAGGGACUCCUGACGUACGGCGACAGUCUCGGAGCCCAGAAUCACACCGACCUCGCGACAGCAUGGAAGGAGUACGACGGGUACUCAGUCGAGCAGAAGUGCGAGCUAAUUCUAUUCUGCCGUCAGGACAAGGUCUUCCAGAAAGAACGUCGCAGGAUCACCUUCGCCACCAGGGACGCGAAGUUCCGCAGUAUUCUCCUGGCUUGCCUUUCUCAAGUGCCACAGACGACACGCAAGUACGGCAGAGCCCCAGCAUCAUUCAUGGAGCGGGAGAUCCAGACCUUCUUGGAG